AUGGAUCUCAGCAGGCCGGCCCUGGAGGUGCACGUGUACCCAGACGAGUACAGCACGCUGCAGUACACAGACAGGGCAGAUCGUGUGCGGGCGCUUGAAGCUUGGCAGGCUGUUCAGCUCGUCCAGACGCAAGAAAGCGACGACCGCUUCCUGUCGAUCUCCCACGUCAGCGAGGAAGUCUCCGUUGUCGCUGCCACCUCACUCGUCACAGAAGCCAAAGGACUUCCGCCAGCCUCAUCGACGGAUGCCUGGCACCUCAUCAAAUUGAGAGGUCCCUUCGAUUUUCAGGUGACUGGCGUCUUGUCGGCUUUGUCCAGAGUACUGGCCGAGGCUCACAUCGUCAUCUAUGCACUCGCAACAGUCGAGACAGACUACAUCCUCGUCAAGGAUGGGCACGCCGCAGCCGAGGCCUUGCGCACAGCGGGCUGGUCGGUCCGAUACCUUCCGAAAGCUUGCUGA